GGUCAAAGGUGCAUGGAGGAAGCAGGGACACGCCGCCGCUUAGGCCGUGAAAACUUUUCCCUGGUAGGGGUGUGACUCCCCACCAUCCGGUCCUCUUCUCCCUACAAGAGGUACAUUUGACAUGUCGCAUUCCUGUGGAUUUUCUGAUGAGAGAAUACAACAGCUGUUGGCUGAGGAAACUGUAGAUCUCAUUGGCUUGGCUGGCUGAGGUCAAGGAGCAUUAAAUGGAAAUAGAAUGAAUUCUCAAGAAGAAAUUAGUGGUAAAGGAGCUCAGGGGAGAACAGUGAGCAAGAACAUUCCUGUUGGAUCAAAUGCCAAAGGUCAGAAGCCAAAGAAAGGCAAGAAGAAAAAAUACAAGGGCAGGUAUCGUAAGAAAGGACUUCGACUCUGUAGGAAGAAGGGUACAGCACAUCCCAGGCACUCAGUGAGAACAGAAAAUGAAGCUUCUAAAACCCAGAGUGAUGUUGAGGAAGGAAUUGCUACACAAGUAGAGAUUGAUACUCUCACAUUUGACAAGAAGACACAAGUAAAUGUUUUAGAAAACAAAGAUUCAAAUUCUGGCUUUGUAGACAGUGAUAAAGAAAUAAAAUGUGAAAACGCUGAACAAAAAGUAAGCAAUCUUGAUAGUGAAGAGGCUGAAAAUUAUUUAGAAAGUGAAGUGAAAGCAGAAAUCAUGGAAGCCUCAUCACAAAGUGGAGACCAAAAGCACAAGUUGCUGGAGAUGAUGUCUCGUGAGUUCAAUUCUGCAAGCAUUCAGGAAGGAACUGUUACCCUCGAAUCAAGAAAGUCUGCUCGAGUUCCUAGACUUACAAGAAAACGAAAAAGUGAAGUGAUUGAUACUCCAGAAAAGACAUCAGAGACCACAGCCAACCAGGCAAGUUCCAUAACCACUGUGACUCCCAUUAUCCACAACCCCAUAACCAGUGCUCUCAAGAAAAUUAGGAAAGAAAGCUUAGAAAACCUUCCAUUACCUACAUCUCCAACUUUUCCUGGAAGAACUAGGAGGAGCACACAGGAAAGGAAAUCAGGCAGUGAGAAAGAUUCUGGUGAGGAGGCAGGUGGAAUUUCAGAAGUCCCAGAAGUAACAGAAUCUAAAACAGAAGAGACUUUGUCACAUGAAAGAACUACUCCAGAUACUCGUGGGAGGAAAAGAGCCAGGACAAGGGGCAAAUCUACAAUUGAAGGGGAAGAGGGAAAUGACUCUGGAAAUGAAUCGCCCACUAUUCCAGUAAAAGGACGAGGCAAGACACACUCUAGUUCUGAGGAAGAUUCGCUUAUUGCCAACUCAGAUUCACCAUGUUCAUCCAAGAGCCGUGUGAAAAGUACAAAAGGAUUGGGUGAAGGUGAGGUACUUGGUGUGGCUGCACAAAUAAAGGGAAAGGGAAAGGUCCCAUUUAAGGAGGAACCAAUUAGUGACAUCAAAGGACGAGGUAAAGUGAAAGUAGAAGGAGAAAAAACUGAAGAUCAGCUGAAUACUGUACUUGGUUCUGGUAAAAGUCAGAGCAAAAUAAAACCACCUUGUGAAGAUACUGGAAAUGCUGCCACCACUAAUAAUGGCUCUGUGGUUACAAUGUCAACUAGAUCAAGAGGAAAAACAGAAUCUGAAAAAGAGGGAACCUUGGAAACAGAAUCACUCAAUCAGCCAAGGCGCAGUAUGACUCCAGUGAGUGGUGAUUCCACUCCACAGUCUGAGUUAAAACGAUCUCAACGAAUUUUGCUGUCUCGUGAGGGGAGCUCAGAUUUAUCUCCCUUAUGCAAAAGAGGAACACCAAAACCCGCUCCAGAGGUAAUAAAGAAACAAGAUACCCCAACACUCCCUGCUAAACCUCCACUUUUCAAACAAAAGAAAGAAGAAAUAGCAUUCACUAAGACAGGCAAAAAAAAGAAGAAGCAUUUCAAAGGACUUAGUUACUCAUUUAGCACAAGGAAAAAGAAAGGUAAAUCCAAAUUCAACCAAGGCAAACUUUGCUUAGAUACAUCUCAAGAAUCAGAUUCUGUUGUGUCAGAGGAAAUAGACAUGGAGUCAGUUGAUUCAUCUUCACAAGAUGUUCCAUCAGAGCAACUUUCCAAUCAGGAUCAUGAUGUUGGUGACGAUCGACUUUCUGAUGGAGGAGAAAAUGAUAUUGAAAUGGAUAAUGUUGAGACCCCAGAUCCUUCAGCAGAUGAUGAUAGUGUGAGAGAUCGUACCCUUGAGAAAGUUUCUACAGAUCUUGCCAACAGUGAUGGAAAUGCUGAGAGAUUAAAAGAUGAUGUUAAAGAAGAAAAGGUCACUGAUGUUUGUAACAAGUUUGAUAAGGCCAUUAAAAGUGAAUUGCUUGAAGAAGAAAAAGAUAAUAUUGAAAAAAUAAAAGAUGACUUAGAUGGUAAAGAGGAAAUAGUAUCAGUUGGUGAUCUUAAGGAAAGUGAAGUUUCAGAAGAAAGUACAGUUGCAAAGCCUGAUGUCUUGGUAGCAUCAAAUGAAGAUGCAGUAGAGGUAGAAAGCAGCAGUCCUCCUGAAACAGUAAAGUCAGAGAAUGUAGAAAGUCAAUCAAAAGUAAAGAAUCAUAGAGACACUGAAGUGAAAUGUGGUACUAGUAAAUCAAACCAGACCGAAGUUCUUGGAAAAGGAAUGAGGACAAAAAGAGCCCCUCCCGGUGUGCCAGUCUAUAGUUCACUACGUAAAGAAGUUAACCCUGUCAUCAUCCGAAAGAAAGUUACUGAGAAAGAACAUUCCACAUCACCUUCCAAAGUACUUAGCACACCUGAAUUGGGUUGUUCAGCCUCUGAAUCUGCCUUCUCUCCAGGAGCAGAGGUUGAAGUUCAAGUACCUGAAGAGGAUGGUGGAGAAGCACUGAGCAAGAGACCUGAAGAGGCAGCUUCUAACAAGAAUGGUGCAGGAGGCACAAACCAAAUUAGUAACAACUCACCACAAAUUCCAGCACUUAGCAACAAAUUGCAGGGUGCAGAGGCAGUAGAAGUGCCAUGUCAGGCUAGCAAAGAGAACCUGGCACUCCACGAUGAAGGCCUGCGGCAUCCCAGGAGACGUCACAGUUUUAGUAAGAGAAAGAUGGAUGAUCUUGUGCCUGAAGGUCAUAACUCUGACUCUAGUGACUCUCUGGGUGAGGCUCGAAUGCCUGGUGAAGGAGUAAGGAAGAGCAAAAGAUUAAGUCGACACAGUUCUCCACAUGGCCUGUCUUUUGCGGCUCCUGAAUCACCAGAGGGGCCCGGCAAGAGCCAGUCUAAACCCAUCAGCAGUCGAUCAGCCUAUGUUACUCCAGCCUCACCAGGGGAACACCAUUGCUAUAUCCUGUCUCCACCUGUGAACUUGACCCAGAGCUAUCAGCAAGGGAAUGUGCAAUCUGCGGCCCCAACCCUGACUAACGUGUUGUGUAAGUGUCGGAUCAAGUACAAUCCCUUGGCCAUUGUCACCACGGGGGAGGUGUACUGCCAGGCCAUUGAUUCCUUUGAUGGCCGUAUGAUUGGAUGCUGUAAUAUUGUAACAAAUUAUAGACUUCUUCGUGUAAGUGGAAAGAUUCCUUUCAUGCUGCUGUGUGAUAACCACCGACAGAGGCUUCGGCAACACAACUGCUGUCCAUGCUGUGGCCUUUUUUGCACUCAGGGUGUAUUUUAUGAAUGUUCAUGGGACAAGGGAAGACUGCGCCAUUACUACCACAAACUGUGCAGUCUGGUAUUGAAUGGAGCAAACCUUUGUCCUCACUGUGGCUCUUCUGAAACUCCACAAGAAGUUCAGUUAGAGCUGACACUUGCUAGGAAGCCUGUCGUGUACCUUAAACAACAUCAAGAAAGAAAGGAGUCAUCUGCUCGCAUGACCUGGUCCAAGGGAGACACUCCUGAAGAUGCGGGAACAGAUAUGGCAGCAGAGAAAGAGCCGUCAUUGGAACUAAGGAAUGGCAGGCUUAUUUCUGCUAAAACAUUGCCCUUUGGAUGUGGCAGAGAGAAAUUACAAGAAGCCAUCCGCUGUAUUAAUGAAGGGAGAAUUGUUAAUGUCAAAUCAUUGAAUAAAGGAAUAUAUGCAGCAUGUAAGCAAAAUGACAUUGAAAAGUUACUUCAUGCUCUAGUCACUGGCUUAAGUCCUAAUGUUAAGGUGAAGGAGUGUGGAAGUCAGACAGGGCUGCAUGUGGCUGCUGCCUUUGGAAGUCUUGCUGCCCUCCACAUUCUGGUCAUGGCUGGAGCUACCAUAGACAUGACUGACACCCAGCUCAUGACACCUCUUAUGAUUGCCAUCACCAAAGAACAGAAUGAUGUAGUCCAUUACCUAGUGCAAGCAGGUGCCUCACUCAUGGCCAAGACUCAGGAUGGAAUGACUUGCCUUCAUCUAGCUGCCAAGUGUGGAAACCUGACUGCUUGCCAGCACAUUCUUGAGUCUGGCCGGUUAACUAGACAUGCCAUCAAUAUGCAAGAUGAGGGAGGUUGGACCCCAUUGGUCUGGGCAUCUGAGAACAAAUUCACAUUUGUUGUUAAGUUUUUACUUGAUCGAGGAGGUAAUCCUCAACUGUGUGAUGUGGAGCAGAACACAGCCUUGCACUGGGCAGCCUUCUCUGGCUCCACUGAGAUCUGCUCUAUGGUCUUAGACAGAGGCUGCUCACUGCGUUCUAUGAAUGCUCGUGGGGAUACUCCUCUACACAUAGCAGCCCGGCAGAAUCACAUCGAUGCUGUGGUGCUGCUGCUGACUCGUGGGGCCAAGCUGGAUGUGCUGAACUCCAAGAAUCAAAUGCCCAUCGAUUGUGCCUUGCCUGAUUCAGAUGUUUACCUCCAGUUGACUUUGAAUAGCAAAGUGCUGGAAAUUAUGAAACAAAACAACAUUAGAACUGAGAAAAUAUUGAGCAGUGAUAUAGCUGGGGGUAAAGAGGAGGUUCCAAUACCAUGUGUGAAUGGUGUUGAUGAAGAGCUGCUACCAAAGGAUUACCUUUACAUUGCUGAGAAUUGUGAGGCAUCCAAUGUAACAAUUGAUCGCACCAUCACAUCCCUCAAGUGGUGUGAAUGUGAGGAUGGGUGCAAUGCUGAGCACUGUGGGUGUGGACAACUCAACUUCCAGUGUUGGUUUGACCCAGAUGGUCGCUUGCUACCUGAAUUCAAUUAUGCAGAUCCUCCAAUGAUUUUUGAGUGCAAUAGAGCAUGUCGGUGCAACAAGCUGUCAUGCAACAACAGGGUGGUGCAACAUGGUAUCUCAGCUCACAUGCAGCUAUUCAAGACUGUUGGGAAGGGCUGGGGAGUACGUGCUCUCAAAACUAUUCAAAAGGGCUCUUAUGUUUGUGAGUAUGUAGGAGAGAUCAUCACUGAUUUAGAAGCUGAUCAGAGACAGGAUGACUCAUACCUGUUUGAUCUUGAUAAUAGGGACAGUGAAACCUUCUGCAUUGAUGCCAGAUCUUAUGGUAACAUAGCUCGUUUCAUCAAUCACCUGUGUGAAGCUAAUCUCACCCCUGUCAAAGUCUUCAUUGAUCAUCAAGAUCUCACUUUUCCAAGAAUCGCCUUUUUUGCUAACCGUGACAUUGAGGCUGAUGAAGAGCUUGGAUUUGAUUAUGGUGAGAAGUUCUGGAUGAUUAAAUACAAACAUUUCACGUGUACUUGUUCUUCAGAAAAGUGUAAGUAUUCCAGUGAAACCAUUCAGACCACCUUAGAAAACUACAACAGAAAACUUCGUGAACUUCAGGAAACUGUGUAAUGCAUCUGACAUUUGUAGUGAAUGUGCUUAUAUUUAUCACUGUUUGUGGCAGUUCAUUAAUGUCUGUA